AUGGAUUGGGACGCCAAGUUCGAGGCGCUCACCGAGUGCACGUACUUUGACUGGUACCUCUCGUUCGCGCAGCUCGCGCCAUUUUUGACGCCGUUGCUGGCGGCGUACGGUCUCGAGUGCGAGAUCCUAAUUCCAGGCUGCGGGCUCUCGGACGUCGGCGUCCAACUUCACGCGAGCGGCUAUCACAACAUCACCAACCUCGACUCGUCACCGGUCGCGAUCGCGCGCAUGACUGCGACGCAGACGGCCGAGCGUGCGACCGACGCCAUGGAAUUUGUCUGCCUCGACGUAUUCCAAGUGCCAGCAGUCAUACCGCCCAGCACGUUUGACGUCAUCGUGGACAAAGGGCUUCUCGAUGCGCUCCUCUGUGCGCCGACGACCAACGUGGAAGACACGUUUACAUAUCUCCGCGCCAUGUACCAAGUGCUUCGAAGCGGCGGCACCUUUGUGCUCGUGACGCACUCGCCCACGCGCCUUGCGUACUUGGAGCACGCGCAGUUCUCGUGGAAGCUUAUCCGACAAAGCACCGUGACGCACAAGAAUGCGCGGAGCUACCAUCUCUUUUUCUGCGUCAAGAGCCAUGUCUAG